CCGCUCCUCCUCCACCCGCCCAGGCUCUGCACCGCAGACAGCGAGAGGGGGAGCGAGCGAGCGGGCGCGGCCGGGAUCCGCAGCCCUGGCGCCCGCCGCCGCCCGCAGCCCCGCAAUAUGCCGCCACGGCCCGCUGGCUCUCGGCCAUGGCGAGGCUCUGCCUGCGCGUCCCCUGCACCCUGCUCCUUGGCCUGGCCGCCGUGCUGCUGAAAGCGCGCCUGGUCCCCGCGGCCGCCAGAGCCGAACUCGGCCGCUCCGACCUCAGUCUCAUCCAGCAGCAGCAGCAACAGCAGCAGCAAAAGCAGCGGGAGGAGGCAGAGGAGGAGAGAGAGGUGCGGGUGGCAUCCCCUACUGUGACGGUUCCAGUGUCUGUAUUUAUGUUGAAAGUCCAGGUGAAUGACAUCAUCAGUCGCCAGUACCUGAGUCAAGCAGUUGUUGAGGUAUUUGUCAACUACACGAAGACAAAUUCUACAGUAACUAAAAACAAUGGCGCAGUAUUGAUAAAAGUACCCUACAAAUUAGGACUCAGCCUAACCAUUAUUGCUUACAAAGAUGGCUACGUCUUGACACCGCUGCCUUGGAAAACGGGAAGAAUGCCAAUAUAUUCAUCAGUUACACUGUCACUGCUACCACAAAGCCAAGCAAAUAUAUGGCUCUUUGAAGACACUGUUUUGAUUACUGGAAAAUUAACUGAUGCCAAAUCUCAACCAAGUGUUCAGUUUUCGAAAGCCUUCAUUAAACUUCCCAACAACCAUCAUAUUAGCAAUGUGACUGGCUAUCUGACUGUUCUACAGCAGUUUUUGAAAGUGGAAAAUUUUCUAUACACGACUGGAAUCACUCUUAACAAACCAGGUUUGGAAAAUAUUGAAUUGACUCCUCUUGCUGCAAUAUGUGUGAAAAUCUAUUCUGGAGGAAAAGAAUUAAAGGUGGAUGGUGCCAUUCAUGUUUCUCUCCCCCUUCUGUCUACAAAUGAUAUAAACAUGGGAGAUCGCAUUCCUGCUUGGACAUUUGAUAUGAACAUAGGUGCUUGGGUGCAUCACGGCUGGGGAAUAGUCAAAGAACAUAACGGUCAUUUAAUUUGGACUUACGAUGCACCACAUUUGGGCUACUGGAUCGCAGCUCCACUUCCAGGAACUAGAGGUUCAGGUAUGAAUGAAGAUUCCAAAGACAUGACUGCUUACCAUACAGUGUUCCUUACAGCCAUAUUAGGAGGAACGAUUGUCAUUGUCAUUGGAUUUUUGGCUCUGCUACUUUGUUAUUGCAGGGAUAAGUGUGGGACACCACAGAAAAGAGAAAGAAAUAUCACUAAACUCGAGAUACUUAAGAGAGACCAGACAACAUCAACAACACACAUAAAUCACAUCAGUUCAGUCAAAGUUGCAUUAAAAGCUGAGGACAAGACACAGUUAUUUAACACCAAAACAACCUCCUACAGCCCCCAGAAAAAGGAAACCACAAAGGUGGAGGCAGAAGAAAGAGCUUCCAUGGUGAAAACUCGGGACAAUUUUAAAAUCUACAAUGAAGAUGUUUCCUUUCUGUCAGUCAAUCACAAUAAUUACUCAAGAAAUCCAACCGAGUCUUUGGAGCCAAGUGUAGGAACCAAACAGCCUAAACAUAUUAAUACCAAUUUAUCUCCCUCGCCAGGUGAUGCUCAAGAGGAAAAGAGGUACCUCACAGGAAGUGAGGAGAUGUUUGGGCGUUCCCGUAUUCCUGAGCAGCUUAUGCAUAUCUACAGCCAGCCCAUAGCCAUCCUUCAGACAUCUGACCUUUUCUCCACACCAGAGCAGUUACAUGCUGCUAAGUCAGCCACUUUGCCAAGAAAGGGACAGUUAGUCUAUGGCCAAUUGAUGGAACCCGUAAACAGAGAGAAUUUCACACAGACAUUGCCCAAAAUGCCAAUGCAUUCUCAUGCCCAGGCCCCAGUUGCCAGAGAAGAGGACAUUGUACUUGAAGGUCAGCAGAGCUUGCCAUCCCAGACUUCAGACUGGAGCCGAUAUUCCAACAGUUUGCUGGAGUCCGUCUCUGUUCCUGGAACGCUGAAUGAAGCUGUCGUAAUGACUCCAUUUUCAUCAGAACUUCAAGGAAUUUCAGAACAGACCCUCCUGGAGCUGUCCAAAGGCAAGCCCUCCCCGCAUCCCCGGGCGUGGUUUGUGUCUCUUGAUGGAAAGCCUGUGGCACAAGUGAGGCACUCCUUUAUAGACCUGAAAAAGGGCAAGAGAACCCAGAGCAAUGAUACAAGUCUUGACUCUGGAGUGGACAUGAAUGAGCAUCAUUCAAGUAGAAAGCUGGAGAGGGAGAAGACAUUCAUCAAAAGCAUGCAUCAACCCAAGAUCCUUUACCUGGAAGAUUUAGACCUGAGCAGCAGUGAGAGUGGAACCACGGUCUGCUCCCCCGAGGACUCAGCAUUGAGACACAUCUUAGAUGGAGGUAGCGGAGUUAUUAUAGAGCACCCCAGGGAAGAGUCCCCAGGAAGGAAAAGCACUGUGGAAGAUUUUGAAGCCAACACAUCUCCUACUAAAAAAAGGGGCCGACCACCACCACUAGCCAAAAGAGACAGCAAGACAAACAUCUGGAAGAAACGAGAGGAACGCCCACUGAUUCCCAUAAACUAAGUCUGAGGGCCAUGUGUGUCUUUCUGCAGUCUGAUGCUGUGUAUUCUUGCUUCUUGUAAAUUGCAGUAUGAACUCUGUAGUAGAUUGAGACUGAACGAUCUCGUGGGCACUGGACAGAUCUCAAGCAGAGUAAAUGGUAAAAUAUUGAUUCAAAAAUCAAAAAUGCCUUUUCUGAUUUGUUAUUUUUGAGUGAUGAAGGCAUUCAAGUUUUCAAAAUGUUAAAUAAUGUAAAAAUGUUACCUGAAAAUGUUGCUCAGUUCGUCAAUUUGGUACUGAAUCUUUUAAGAAUAAGGUAGUAAAAUGUAUACUAAAGUUGUUCCCCAAACCUUGCCUCUGCCCUGAUGACUGUCUCAUGGAGCAUUUAGAAAUGCAUCUGUCUUCAUCACGCUUCAUCCUUGUGAAACAUUACUAUGAUGUCCUUUGCUGCCUAUCCUUAAAAACAACCUGAUAAAUGUUUGGAAUGGUGUUAUGUUAAAGACCAAAUAGCGUUUUCCUUUUGGAAACAAAUGGCUUGUGUAUUGUGUCAUCCCAAAGGCAAAUCCAGCGCUUCUGUAAAAUGCCAAGGAAGCCCCCAUUCCUCCGAGAGGAAGACCAGCUCUGCUUAUUUUGGGAUACAACUUCACAGAGUAAAUACGAUGAUGAUUUGUUAUACAGAAAUUUGAAAAAUGAAUGCUCUGAUACUGUAUUUUUAUUUUCAAAUGAAGUGGUUGUCAGCGGUGAGGGAGCUAUGACUUUAAGGUUCACUGUGGAUCCACCUAGGCUAAAAUCAGUUUUAAUAAAUUUCUGGUAUCUCCCAAAGCCAAAUUCAGUCAUUUAGAGACUAUCAAACUUGAAAGAUGCACAAAUUUCUUGCAAACAUGAAAAAAUUAAUAGGCUAAGUAAAGGUAAAAGAGAUAAAAACAUUUCAUGUGGAUGAGUGUGAAAAGCAAAGCCAUUUUUUUGAGGCUCAAAAUCCUUCAGGAUAUGAGUUGUGUUUCUAAAUGUUGGUACUUAAAAGAUGUUUGAGAAGAAAAGUUUGAAUUUCAAGGGAAAGCCUUUCCUUAAAUUACUUGUGCCCUUUGCGGGUGUAUUUUUAGCUUUGGUGGUGUGCAUUGCUGCCUGUCUUUUCCCCAGUGUGAACUCAAUUGCUAUUUUUAAUUAUGUCUUCAACUUUGAAACAUCAUUUAUGUCCUAAAAAUAAAAAUCUUUCAAUCAACCCAUCUCAUUUUACUUAAAACUUCCAUGAGGACCCAGGUCUGUAGCAGGUUUCCCUUUGUCUAGAGGGGAAAAAUGCCUUUAUUUUUCAUCUGCCACCAUUCGACAUACGAGCAGCAGAGAUUCAAGCCACUUAAACAAAAUUGAGAAAACCAAGACAGACACCUGAACUUUGUGAAACUGUAGAUAGAUGUACAAUGAAAGACAGCAGCUUUUUUCCCUUCACACACUAGACUUCAGCCAGUGUAUUCCUGUGGUCACUUCUGAAGCAUCUCAACUGUAUACCGCUCCUAGCUUUCUGUUUUUAACCCAAAGAAUUAAAAGACCUAUGCCCAUGUCUGCUAUAUAUUACCCCAGUUCAUAGAAGAGAUACAUAAUUGAGGUAACCUAUAGGCUUACUUUUUUGUGGGUAGUGAUAAGGCUCACAAUUAGAGCAGGCUUUUUAUUGGUCUUAUACAGAAAGAUAGAUUAUAAACAGUGUGAAUGAAAAUAAUUUGGAGAAGUGUAAGGAGGUAGUGCUCUGUGGAAGUGCCUUUGAUUCAGACUUGCAUUUAGAAGGAUAUACUAACAUCUUUCCUCAGUGUACAUUUUGUCAGCUAAAUUGAACAGAUGUGCAGUUACUGAAAAUAUAGAUCUAGUGUUUCAUGUUGGAACAAUGAAUUUUGCAUGGAACAUUUUCUUUUGUGUGUUUACUCUGCUUUGAAUCCACUAUAUACUGAUAAAUUGUUUAUGUUGAAUGAGGCUAGGACUUUCUCUACACUCUAAGAGUAUGUUCUCCACCUUUAAAGAUAUUUACUUCUUCUCUCAGAUGGGCAAUGAAAUAUACAUAGAUAGAUGAGUGCUCCGCCCAAGUAUGCCAGUUAUUUAGUCCUCCUCCUUUAAGGGGAAAUGGGGUGGUGUAUCCUAAGGGUUUUUGUAGAACUUUAAUUCACAAUUCUUUUGUUUGUUUUUUUAAAAAAACCACUGCACAUGCUGUUUUCAAUUGGAAAUUUUAGACAAUUUAUCUUUUCUAAUCAAGAGUGUGAAUUCUCAAUUUAUGAGUGGUUCACAAUCCUGUUAAAAAGCUGAAGCCACCUACUUUUUCUUAACCCAAAUGAUAAACCAACAAUAUUCACUAAUUUCUUAAAUUUUUAAAUUGAAAGCCAAUGCAGAUUUUUGCAGAUAUAGAGAAUUUUGGUUACAAAUUGUUGACAUUUGUGGAUCCUUUGUACAUAGUUUGGAUAUAUCUUGAAGGCAAAACUAUCAAUUAACUGAUGGAUUCAUUUAAUAAAGCACAGCUAUAUGCAGUUUUGAAUACAUAUGGUCUUGGCACUUUAUAAAACCCAUUUUUAUGACUUUCUGUAGCUGUAUAGAGAUCAUGCCCUUUUAUAAUUCACAGAAUACCACAAAGAUCAUGAAUGUUGAGGAAUAAAAGCACUUCUUUGCUUUGGCAAUCACUGUCAGCUCAUUCUGUGUGUUUGGAUCCUCUGGUAUUAAUACAUAUUAUAGAAUUUUAGAGAGCUUUGGGUCAACUAAUGUCCCUCCAAACUUCCAAGAGAGGUGAAACUCAAAAUACAUAUUUAUUUCUGUGACUGAGUUACUCAUUUUUUUUGUGUGUAUUGACAUCAUAGAGAGAUUUGACUGUUGAUUUCCACUUCAGGUCUAGUGUUGCCAUCUUGUUCCUGGGUGUUUCUAUCUUUUGUAUUCUUUCAUCAGAGAGAGCUCAUGUCUCUGUAUUUACUGCUGUACUUACUGUUGGAAACUGUAACAGUCUGAAGAUUUGUAAUAUGUUAAAAACAGUUCAUUAAAAAUAAUAAAACCAGUUUAAAAGCAUA